CGCGGCCUUCCGGACGGCGCACGCGCAUCCCCACCCCCGUGGGGGUCGGACGCGCCGGGGAGGAGACGCGCACGCGCAGUGGCUUGAGAUCCCCGGGUGGUCUGUUAGCACGUGGGUUGGGUUGUCCCGCGCGGCUGUGCAGGGAAUCGAACCUCACUUUUGCAGGUGUCCAUCGUGGGCAGCGGACUAAAAAAGGCCAUGGCGCCGGCGGAAAUCCUGAACGGGAAGGUGGUCUCUGCGCAAAUAAGGGAGAAACUGAAAAGCCAAGUCACUCAGAUGAGGGAACAAGUACCUGGUUUCACACCAGGCCUGGCAAUUUUACAGGUUGGCGACAGAGAUGAUUCCAAUCUUUAUAUAAAUGUGAAGCUGAAGGCUGCUGAAGAGAUUGGGAUCAAAGCCACUCACAUAAAGUUACCAAGAACGGCCACAGAGUCUGAGGUGCUAAAGUAUAUUACAUCUUUGAAUGAAGACCUUUCUGUACAUGGGUUCAUAGUGCAGCUCCCUUUAGAUUCAGAUAAUCCCAUUGAUACGGAAGCAGUGAUCAAUGCCAUCGCCCCUGAAAAGGAUGUGGAUGGGUUGACUAGCAUCAGUGCCGGAAAACUUGCUAGAGGUGACCUAAAUGACUGUUUUGUCCCUUGUACUCCUAAAGGAUGCUUGGAACUCAUCAAAGAGACAGGGGUGCAGAUUGCUGGAAGGCAUGCUGUGGUGGUCGGGCGCAGUAAAAUAGUCGGGGCCCCAAUGCAUGACUUGCUUCUGUGGAACAAUGCCACAGUGACCACCUGCCACUCCAAGACUGCCAAUCUCGGCGAGGAGGUAAAUAAAGGUGACAUCCUAGUGGUUGCAACAGGUCAGCCAGAAAUGGUGAAAGGGGAAUGGAUCAAACCUGGGGCAAUAGUCAUCGACUGUGGAAUCAAUUACGUCCCAGAUGAUUCAAAACCAAAUGGGAGAAAAGUUGUGGGUGACGUGGCAUACAAUGAGGCCAAAGAACGGGCAGCCUUCAUCACUCCUGUUCCUGGUGGUGUCGGGCCCAUGACGGUGGCAAUGCUGAUGCAGAGCACAGUAGAGAGUGCAAAGCGAUUUCUGGAGAAAUUUAGGCCUGGAAAAUGGACGAUCCAGUAUAACAACCUUAACCUCAAGACACCUGUUCCAAGUGACAUUGACAUAUCACGAUCUUGCAAGCCUAAGUCCAUUGGUAACUUGGCUCGAGAAAUUGGUCUGCUGUCUGAAGAGGUAGAACUGUAUGGCGAGACAAAGGCCAAGGUUUUGUUGUCAGCGCUGGAGCGCCUGAAAUACCAGCCUGAUGGAAAAUAUGUGGUGGUGACUGGAAUAACUCCAACACCCCUGGGAGAAGGAAAAAGCACAACUACCAUUGGACUCGUGCAAGCCAUUGGUGCCCACCUUCAUCAGAACGUCUUUGCGUGUGUGCGCCAGCCUUCCCAGGGCCCCACCUUUGGAAUAAAAGGUGGCGCCGCAGGAGGUGGCUACUCACAGGUCAUUCCUAUGGAAGAGUUUAAUCUCCACCUCACUGGUGACAUCCAUGCCAUCACUGCAGCUAAUAACCUGGUUGCCGCGGCCAUUGAUGCCCGCAUGUUCCAUGAACUGACCCAGACAGACAAGGCUCUCUUUAAUCGUUUGGUACCCUCAGUAAAUGGAGUGCGAAAGUUCUCUGAUAUCCAGAUUCGAAGAUUGCGGAGAUUGGGCAUUGAAAAGACCGAUCCCGCCGCACUUACCGAUGAAGAGAUAAAUAGAUUUGCAAGGCUGGAUAUUGAUCCAGACACUAUAACCUGGCAGAGAGUUUUGGAUACCAAUGAUAGAUUCCUGAGGAAGAUCACAAUUGGACAGGCUCCAACAGAGAAAGGGUACACGCGGACGGCCCAGUUUGAUAUCUCUGUGGCCAGUGAAAUCAUGGCUGUGCUGGCUCUCACCAGUUCUCUGGAAGACAUGAGAGAGAGACUGGGCAAAAUGGUGGUGGCUUCCAGCAAGAAAGGGGAGCCCAUCAGUGCUGAAGACCUGGGAGUGAGUGGUGCGCUGACCGUGCUCAUGAAGGACGCCAUCAAGCCCAAUCUCAUGCAGACAUUAGAGGGCACACCGGUGUUCGUUCACGCUGGGCCAUUUGCUAACAUUGCGCACGGGAAUUCCUCCAUCAUUGCAGACCGUAUUGCACUCAAGCUUGUUGGCCCCGAAGGGUUUGUAGUGACAGAGGCAGGAUUCGGAGCAGACAUUGGAAUGGAAAAGUUUUUUAACAUCAAAUGCCGAUAUUCUGGUCUUCGCCCUCACGUGGUGGUGCUUGUUGCUACUGUCAGGGCCCUGAAAAUGCAUGGUGGUGGCCCCACGGUUACUGCUGGACUGCCUCUUCCUAAGGCUUACAUCGAGGAGAACCUGGAGUUGGUUGAAAAAGGCUUCAGUAACUUGAGGAAACAAAUUGAAAAUGCCAGAAUAUUUGGGGUUCCAGUAGUAGUUGCUGUGAAUGCAUUCAAGACAGAUACUGACACCGAACUGGACCUCGUCAGCCGUCUUGCCAAAGAACAUGGGGCUUUUGAUGCCGUGAAAUGCACUCACUGGGCAGAAGGAGGGAAGGGGGCCUUGGCCCUGGCCCAGGCUGUCCAGAGAGCAGCUCUGGCACCCAGCAAAUUCCAGCUCCUUUAUGAUCUCAAGCUCCCAAUUGAGGAUAAAAUUCGGAUCAUUGCGCAGAAGAUCUAUGGAGCAGACGACAUCGAACUGCUCCCCGAGGCUCAGCACAAAGCUGAAGUCUACACAAAGCAGGGCUUUGGGAAUCUGCCCAUCUGCAUGGCCAAAACACACUUGUCCUUGUCUCAUAAUCCAGAGCAAAAAGGUGUGCCUACAGGCUUUGUCCUGCCCAUUCGUGACAUCCGUGCCAGUGUCGGGGCUGGUUUUCUCUACCCCCUGGUAGGAACGAUGAGCACAAUGCCUGGACUCCCUACCCGGCCUUGUUUCUAUGAUAUCGAUUUAGACCCUGCCACCGAACAGGUGAAUGGACUGUUCUAAACAGAUUCUCCAUUUUCAAGAAACUACUUUGACAAUUUGACCAGGCCUACUGUCAGUUAGGAAGUAUGGAGAAGUCAGGAGAAACUGGCCCUUGUCCUGAUGAUCUACUGGAAUAAAUAGUGGGAGUUACCCCGGAAACCUUCCUACAAUCUUAAUUUCCAUUAUCAUGAACAAAUUAAUAUAAAUCAUGCACAUUUCUAUUUACUGAAGUUCCACAGAAUAAAAGGAAAUAAUUUUGCUAUAAGUGUUUUAAGUAUAAACUGUAGUGUUAGCGACCUGGACUGGAAUAUCUCUGUCACCCUUUGGGAACCCAUUUGCCAGGUAGACCUCUGGGGCUGAAGAAACAAGUUGCAGUAUGUACUUUAUGACACUGUUGUGUUUAAAUGGGGGUGUGGGGGCAUGAUUGCCUUUUUUGGGAAGAACAUAUAAUCAGGAGAGACCUAAGUGCCUUUCUGUUGUUCAUAUACCUUUCUGUUGUUUGAUUUUUUUUUUUUUAAUUUUUUUAAUCUGAGAAAGUAUUGCUUCUGCAGGUUUUUGUUGUGAAUUUCUUGGAAUUCCCUUUUCUGUCCCAGCUCUAGUGUUUUUUAUUUAAAGUUUUCAGGAAGGAUGGUUGUAGAACUCUGAACUAAAAGAUCUGUUGGUUCUGCUGUGUUGAUUGAGCAAAUGUUUAUUGAGCUUCUCUGUGUGUCCAGGCUCUGUGAACACCCCUAUAGGAUGUUAUUUCUCUUCUUUCUUUUUUAUCUUCCAUCUCUGUUCUUCCUCUUCAUUUUCCCCUCCCUUUUCCUCCUAUCUUCCAACAUUGACCACUUCCAUUUGCGAACUGGAAACACAGGUUCACAUAAUGGUAUACAAGGGAAGGGGGAUGGAGGUCUCUACAAUGUAAGAAUUAUUACCAAGGAAAUAUAAACCAUAUUUGGUAGCUACAGACCCAGGCAGUGGGUAGAUAGGGACCAGGAGGGAAGAAGUGGUAUGAUCAGGAGAGAUCAGAUAAAUAUGAGUUCAGUUAAUAUGCAAGCUAUUUUAUUGGCACACAGUAUCGGGUGAUAUUAACAAGAUAAGCUGUGGGUAGAAUAAUUUCUCAUGAGAU